CACCUACCACAUCUGUUUUUGACAGACGCUCACACUGACGAAGCCAGGGGAGAAUAUACCACAUUUCUGAUGGUUUAGAACAAUGCCACCAUGGGACUAAAGACCUUAUGCUAUCAAGCACAUUUCAAAAAGCCGGUAAAAUACAUCACAAGAUAUUGUCAGCGAUGUAUGAGUGUGGCAUUUGCAGAAGAAUCGAGAACCAACACUUCUACUUCACAGAAAAUCAAGCCUUUCAAAGACAUACCUGGACCCAAAGGCCUGCCUUUUCUUGGAACAAUCUUACAUUAUAGAAAUGGUCCAUUUCGGAAAUUUACUGUAGAUAGGUAUCAAGAUGCACUGAUUUCUCGCUACAAGGAAUAUGGACCCAUUGUCAAGGAAAACAUAGCAGGUGUGACCUCAGUUCGAGUCUUUGACCCCGAUGAUGUCAGAACAGUUUUCCUGAAUGAGGACAAACAGCCACAUGUGGCCCCACUUCUGGACACAACAAAACAAUACAGGGAACAAAGGGAUCUUUCACCAGGACUCGGAAACACGAAUGGAGAGGAGUGGUACCGAUUGCGGAGCGCCGUUCAGCAGAUGAUGAUGAGGCCGAAGGCCGUCACUGUUUAUCUCCCCCUGGUGGAGGAAGUGGUGGACGAUUUUAUCCAACGAAUAAAAAAGAUCCGGAACAGUAAAGGGGAAAUAGAAAACUUCAGACAGGAGGCAGCAAAAUGGAACCUGGAAUCCUCUGGGAUGACCUGUUUUGAGACCCGCCUUGGUUGUUUAGAAGACACCCCCUCUUCACAUAUACAGCGUAUGAUUUCCAGUAAUAAUGCCAUAUUUGAACUGUCAACAAAGAUCAACUUCUCUGUGCCUUUCCACAAAGUCCUCACAACAAGGCUGUGGCAGUCCCUUCUUGAUGAGGAGGAUUAUUUCUUCAGGAAUGGUCAGAAGCUGGUGGAUGACACGGUUGGGAGGAUCGACCACCUGAGGGAGGAGGGGAGGCUGGGGGAGGGAAAGUACAACUUCCUGUUGUAUCUCCUGUCCAGAAAGGAACUGUCCUUCAAAGAUGUCAGCAUAAUUACUCUGUCACUGUUUGGGGAUGGACUUAAUACAACUGUGCCAACAUUGAUAUUUGCAAUGUACUGCAUAGCCAAAAAUCCAGAGGUUCAACAUAAAGCUUAUGAAGAAGUCCGAGAUGUUCUGAAGGACGGAGGGCCUAUAACUGGAGAACACAUCAACAGAAUGACUUACCUCAAAGCUUGUGUCAAGGAGUCACAAAGGAUCCUGCCCAUUGGCCUAGAAAUUAAGAGGAUUCUGAAGAAGGAUUUAGUUCUGGGAGGGUAUCUAGUACCAGCUGGGACAAUAGUUGAGCUGGCUCCUUAUGUACACUACAAAUCCCCGGAGUACUUUGUGGACCCGGACCGGUUUGUCCCAGAGCGUUGGCUGAGGGACGGGUCAGCUCUGAACAUCCACCCCUAUCUUCUCACACCAUUUGGACACGGACCAAGGAUGUGUGCAGGGAGAAGAUUUGCAGAACAGGAGCUUUAUGUUCUUUUAUCCAAAAUGUUGAAGAACUUUGAGUUGGGGUAUGAUGGUGACCUUGACAUGAAGUUCCAGGUUUUGAUGGUCCCUGACAGACCUACGACCUUCACCUUUAAAGAAAGGUCAUCCUGAUAGAGUCGGGCCAUUCAAAAUCUGAACACUCUGAUUGGACAAUCCUGGUAGAACAAUAAUGACUUUGAUGAUUGGGCAUUUCAAUAUCAAUCCAAAUAACAUUAUUUUUGUAAAGUCAUGCCAAGAGCUUUCAUUAAUGUGGUGAAAAUUAGUGAUUACAAACUGUAUUCCUUUAGAAGAGUAUUAAAAGUGUUCACAGGUGUACAUUGUAUGUGUUGGAAAAGUUGUUAUCAAUAUUGAUUUUUUUAUUUUAUGCAUUUGAAAAUCAUGCAGCAUUUCCAAGGAAGUAUUGUACAGCGAAGUUGGUUAUGCUACAAUUACUUUGUACUCCUGUGUAUAUACAUGUAUACUGUAGAAACACAAAUUUUCUUGGGGAUCAAAUUUUAUUGAUUUUUUAUUUUAAAUGGUUUUGUAGGCAUUAAAUUUCAUCGUUUCGGAAGUAUCCCAAGUCAAUAAAAAUUCAUGUGAAAAUAAAUUUUGGGUGGGAUUUAAUUUCAUUGAUAAUCGUUUACAAUGAAAUAAACGGAAUUUUUUCCCAAUGAAAUUUUCUGUUUUUACAGUAUUCAAUCCCAUAAGCAACAAAAGUCUUUUUCAAUUAUGUUAAUAUUCACAUUUUAAUAAAAAUAUAAUUGGCUCACCAUUGAUUAAGCAUUGUGCACAAGUAGUCAAGAAAAUGAAACAUAUGAUAUCCUGCGGCAAUUUUUUUAUUGGUGCCUUUUUUAUGUGACCUUGACUGUCAUGUAAUAUGAUAUUGGGUAUUAAUUAAAUAAAUAACAAGAUUGGCAAUAUACUGUUUGCAUAUAUAUUCCUUUUAUUCUUUUAAAAUAAAUGUUAUUAUAGAUUCAUAUA